GAGCGGCCGGGCGGGGAUCGGGCGGCGCCGAGCUGAGGUGGCGGGGGACGAGCUCCCGGAUGUGGAGAAGCUGGGGAGAAGGCGUGGGAGGAAGAUGGACUCGGUGGAGAAGGGGGCCGCCACCUCCGUCUCCAAUCCGCGGGGGCGGCCGUCCCGGGGCCGGCCGCCGAAGCUGCAGCGCAACUCCCGCGGCGGCCAGGGCCGAGGGGUGGAGAAGCCCCCGCACCUGGCGGCCCUAGUGCUGGCCCGGGGCGGCAGCAAAGGCAUCCCCCUGAAGAACAUUAAGCACCUGGCGGGGGUCCCGCUCAUUGGCUGGGUCCUGCGUGCAGCGCUGGACUCGGGGGUCUUCCAGAGUGUAUGGGUUUCAACAGACCAUGAUGAAAUUGAGAAUGUGGCCAAACAGUUUGGUGCACAAGUUCACCGAAGAAGUUCUGAAACCUCGAAAGACAGUUCUACCUCACUAGAUGCCAUCGUAGAAUUUCUUAAUUACCACAAUGAGGUUGACAUCGUAGGAAACAUUCAAGCUACUUCUCCAUGUUUACAUCCCACCGACCUUCAAAAAGUGGCAGAAAUGAUUCGAGAAAAGGGAUACGACUCUGUUUUCUCUGUUGUGAGACGCCAUCAGUUUCGAUGGAGUGAAAUUCAGAAAGGAGUUCGUGAAGUGACAGAGCCUCUGAAUUUGAAUCCAGCUAAACGACCUCGUCGACAAGACUGGGAUGGAGAAUUAUAUGAAAACGGCUCAUUUUAUUUUGCUAAAAGACAUUUGAUAGAGAUGGGUUACUUACAGGGUGGAAAAAUGGCAUACUACGAAAUGCGAGCUGAGCACAGUGUGGAUAUUGACGUGGAUAUCGACUGGCCUAUUGCAGAGCAAAGAGUAUUAAGAUUUGGCUAUUUUGGCAAAGAGAAGCUUAAGGAGAUAAAACUUUUGGUUUGCAAUAUUGAUGGAUGUCUCACCAAUGGCCACAUUUAUGUAUCAGGAGACCAAAAAGAAAUAAUAUCCUAUGAUGUUAAAGAUGCUAUCGGGAUAAGUUUAUUAAAGAAAAGUGGGAUCGAGGUGAGGCUCAUCUCAGAGAGAGCCUGCUCAAAACAGACACUGUCUUCUUUAAAACUGGAUUGCAAAAUGGAAGUCAGUGUUUCCGACAAGCUGGCCGUGGUAGACGAAUGGAGGAAAGAGAUGGGCCUGUGCUGGAAGGAAGUAGCCUACCUCGGCAACGAGGUGUCUGACGAAGAAUGCCUGAAGAGGGCCGGCCUGAGCGCCGUGCCUGCCGACGCCUGCUCUGCCGCCCAGAAGACCGUCGCGUACAUCUGCAAGAGCAACGGUGGCCGCGGCGCCAUCCGCGAGUUUGCCGAGCACAUUUUCCUACUCAUGGAAAAGGUGAAUAAUUCAUGCCAAAAAUAGAAAUUAGUGCCACGUUGGGAAAGAAAGAACACAGCCUUUGUCAGCCACUUUGCUUUCAUUUUUGAUUCAGUACAGUCCAUGUUGUAAUGUUGCAGAAGGUGUGAUUUGAUUUGUGAUCUCACUACCUUUUAAAAGCGAAGUCUUCUCCAAUUAUCAUUCCAGAAACCUAUGAAAUAAUCGUGCUCUCCUUUUCUCUUUCCGCGAGAUAAUGAAAUAUUUAGAGAUUGAUCUAGUCUUUCUCAGAUUUUUAGUCAAUGCCAGUAAGGACAUCAUCAGAAUUGACUUUGUAUUGUACCCUGUAAAACUGUGUGUUUGUGUGCUUUCAACAAUGCUGGGAUUUUAUUUAUUUGGGGACAGUGUGUCUAGUAAGACAUGCCCUUCUAUUAAUUAAUAAAAUCACAUUUCACAAA